UCGUGAUCGCCUGCAAUGACCAGCUCCUUUGGAAAACUCCUUGCGUGUAUUCCGCAAAGAGGAUAUUUGUUUAUAUGCAGAUUUCUGAUUGUAAACAGUGAUAAAAAUGCCUAUUCAGGAUCAGCACCAUCUGGUUGGCCCCUAUCUUUGGGCGCAUCGGGUAUAAUCGUCCACCUCGGCCCGUUAUCGUCGACGUUAGUACGUCACGCGGAUUGCUACGUUUGCAUACGGACACGAAGCGCGCCCGGUCUCGAGCUAGCCCUUAUCUGGCGAAAUUCCGCCCAAUUUCACUGCCAAACGAUCGGGGAAUUCAAAAGUCCUCUACACAACUUAGAUGAAAUCAUGUGCUCAACCCUUCGGUCCGUAAUGGAUGUCGAAAGUCUUGCCAUAGACGAUUCGGAGGGGAUCGAACUGCCCGAGCUCCUGCAGAAUCUGCUCAUAUCCGUGGAGCACGCCAUCGAGAGGGUGCCCCUCGACGAUCUCGCCAAUCCCUGCCCUCAGUGCUUGCAGUACGUGCCUUUGGAACAGCAGGAGCAGACUUCCGGCGAUACGGUCUGUUCGUGCCAGUGCUCGUGCCGAUCGCCCGAGGCCGUGGUGCUCAAGAAAGAUACCUCGAUACAAACCAGUCCGAUGUUCGAGUUCGCCGGCCCAAUUCCGCACAUCGAUAGUGACGAGGAUGAAGAUCGAGAGUCGACAAAAACAAAUCUGCAAGGGAAGCGCGUGGAAGAAAUCGAAGUGCCUAAAAGGAUAACGGAUAUUCCUGAGAAGCUUCUCAUGUCCGGAAUCAAUUUGCCAGGUACCACGGACGCACAGGGAAGGCCGAUUCUGCUGUGCUACGCGGAAUGCAUCGCCAGGGCGGGUUUAAACAAGUACGAAAUUGCAAAGGUUCUUCUUUAUUACGGGUCCAUUCCGAGCGCCAAGGAGAAGGAAAAGGGUUUUACCGUUCUUCUGCUCGCCGAGACGGAUGAGAAAGAGGCGCUUGUGUCCUUAGACGAGGCCAUCGCGUUGGUUUCGCGCCUAAUCAAAGUAGUCAAUUUUCUCAUCUGGAAACCGACAACCAGUUCGGCACCUCGCCACUUACAAGCUAGUCAAUUGAAGGGAAUCGUUAUCACCGACGAAUCCAUCCUUGAAACGUACAUAAAAAAAGAUCAGUUACCAGCGAGCUGCGGCGGUUCCUGCACACACGACCAACUGGAAUGGGUCGAGUUCAUCAAGCAACUGGAGCCCUUCCUGAAUUCGUGUCAGGCGGCUGCACGAGCCUUACUUUCCGCUCUGUCUCAAUUACGAGGCGAAGAAAUUCCGGCGCAAGUGAAUAGAAGAUUUCUAAACCAUCAAUGCAGGCAAAUAUCGAAGGCGCUUCAAAACGAGUCGGUUCAAAAGUUGCGGCGAGACGGUCUGGUGACCUUUCAAAGUUUGGAGGACCGAACCCAGUGGCUGGGAGCGAGCAGAGAUGUGAGGAGGCUGGCGAAUUUCGCGAAUGCGUCAUUUCAGUCUGUGGAUCGCGUGGCCAAAAGGCUCGAGGAGCUUUCCACGCUGCGCAAAGAGCGGCUGAAGGAGCUGGCGAGGUUGCGAAGUUUGGAAGACGAGGCGGCAGUUUUGCUUUCCUGGAUUCGCAAAGUCGGGGAUGAAACACUUCGAAGUCAGACCAUGGCACUACGCGCGGUUGGUGACGUCGCAAGUGUGAAAGCUGUCGAAAAGGAUUUUGAAAAAUUUUACUUCGACGCUAUGAGGCAAAUUGAUCGAGUCGGUGACUUGGUCGACGAAUCCGGCAACAUUCCCGACGUGAAAGGGAAAAACCUGAAGGAAAACGCGACCGAUUUGAAGUCUCACGUCAAGAUUUUCAGCGAGAAACUGGAGGAGGUCAGGGAAAAUUUGGAAGAUGUAUCUCGGUGCCUCCAGUUGGUCGAUUCGACGGUUGGAAGUGCCGAGGGUGAAAACAUACGGAAGGUUGCGAUUAAAACGGGAAAUGAGAAGUUAGUCGAAUUAUACAAGGGUGUUCACCACUCUCAGCCACCUAAGCUGGAAGAGGACAAAGUUGAUCGUCUCCAAUACAUAUCAUCAUCAGAAUACGCGACGAGUACCCCAAUUAAAAUGCAGACCCAGCCCCUCCGAAGACGUUCCGUUAGUUCCAUAGCCUUCAUUUACAAAUGCAACCACCAUGCUGCCGGCGUUCCCUGCAGCUGCCACGAGUCGGACAUUGAAAACAGUGUGUCAUACAAGUUAAAGAAGAAGUACAUGCAAAGCCUACAAAGCUGCGGGUGUAGCCUAACGAACAGUACAAAGGAAACGCUUGAUCGUAAAAACAGUUUAACCCUAGACGGAAUAAAGGAGGUGCGCGAGAGUGUAGAAAAUUUAUUAGAAAAAAUUGACAGUUCGGAUUCACGUUUAAGUGGGUGUGGCCGUUGUGAUAGUGGUGUUUCGACCGCGGACAAUUCGCUUGGUGACGAUAGUGUCUACAAAAAGAAACUGCAAAGUACUUGUUCGUGCCAGUUCUAUAGUGAAAGUUGUACCUUGUGCAGUACGGGCAGCUCCAGCACCGGAUCUAAUCAAGACCAUACAGAAAACCAGCAGGAUAGCAUCACGGAGGAGGGUAGUGAUGGUUUUGGAAAAAGCGGUAGCGAUGACAUUGAAGACGAUCAUUUUGGCGAAAGCAGGAAAAAGGUGCCUCCCAUUUCAGCCAACAGCCACUUACAUUGCCAUGCCUCAACUUUCCACUUACCAGUCGACUCCUUCGAUUCGCACACCGAUCCAAAAACUCAGAAAACUCUCUUAUUCAUAAUGCGAGAGAUGAUACAUACUGAGAGAGAUUACGUCAAAUCCCUGGAUUAUAUAAUUGAAAACUACAUACCCGAGCUAAUGAGGGACGAUAUACCUCAAGCGUUACGUGGACAACGUAAUGUAAUAUUUGGAAAUGUGGAAAAGAUUUACGAGUUUCACAGUCAGCACUUUCUAAGGGAACUGGAGCAGUGCGAAAAUAAUCCGUUGCAGGUCGGACAGAUCUUCCUAAAGCAUAGCAAGAAAUUUUAUUUGUACGCUCUGUACAACAAAAACAAGCCAAAGUCAGAUUCGUUGCUGUCCGAAUACGGGACGAUCUUUUUUAAGACCAAGCAGUUGCAAUUGGAGGAUAAGAUGGACCUGGCCAGUUACCUGCUGAAGCCGGUACAGCGCAUGGGAAAGUACGCGUUACUCUUGCAGCAGAUGAUGAAAGCUUGCCCCCCUCUAGCACCUGGCGCUUCAGAGAGAGCAAUUUCUGAACAAGACGAUCUGAAGCAAGCCGAAGAGAUGGUACGUUUCCAACUGCGCCAUGGCAAUGACUUACUGGCGAUGGAUUCCAUUCGGGAUUGCGAUGUCAAUUUAAAGGAACAAGGAAAGCUAAUAAGGCAAAAUGAAUUUUUGGUGUGGGAGGGACGUACGGGUAAAAAGACGUUGCGACAAGUAUUCCUGUUCGAGGAGUUGAUACUGUUUAGUAAAGCCAGAAGGUUUCCCGAUAGAAAGAAUCUAGACUUAUUUAUCUACAAAAACAGUAUUAAACUGACGGAUAUCGGACUGACCGCCAAAAUAGGCGAUAGCCCUACGAAGUUUGAAAUAUGGUUUAGGAAACGUAAGCCCAACGACACCUUUACUAUUCAAGCAACCUCGGAGGAUUGCAAGAAGGCCUGGGCUGAGGAGCUUUCGCAAUUGCUGUGGAAACAGGCGAUUAGGAAUCGAGAGGUAAGAAUGGCCGAAAUGUCUUCAAUGGGAAUUGGAAAUAAACCGUGCCUGGAUAUCCGACCGAGCGUCGACCAAAUUAGUGAUCGGUCCAUUAGCUUCGCCCAGCUUAGUAAAACUGCGCCACGAUUUCGUAACUCGAUCGCCGGUCCCAUAAUUGAAUCGUGUCGAAGUACAAAAAGACCUCACUCUGUGAUUUCCAUGUCGAGUAUAUCAUCGAGUAGUACCAGUUCGGGCGGAUCAAUUGGAGGUGCCGUAACUACGCCAACGUCUGCAGCCGCACCAGUAUUAUUUGAACCUUUCUGUGGGAGUCCAAAGUUCUGUCGAAGAUCUGGAACUCUAAAUAGUCAAUGUUCAACAGAAAGUGGGAUUAUAGCAGAUAUUUCGAUGGGUCCUGAAGAUUGCCACGACAAUUCACACACCUAUUGGCCUUUGGAGAAAUCAAAUUCUCAACACUCGACUAGUUCAAUGAAGUCUAACACAACUACGCCUACACUGUCAGAUGACACACAAAUAACUAUAUAUCACGUGCCAGAAGAUUUACCUAUUAAUAUUUAGUGUGUAACGAACAUUUACUUAUAGGUAUCUAUUUAAAUAGAUUAUAUGAAGUAGAGGAUUGACCAAAAAUGUUCAAAUCGUUGUGUCAUUAAACACGAAGAUUUAAACGUGAGAAAUUCACUUUUGUACUAUAUUUGCUGUUGAAUGCAACUUGCAUGAUAUUUAAUAAUUUAUUUUCAGAGAGUUCAGCUAUUGUAAAUAUUUGUUUUUAUACUUACUUUAUGAUAGUGCAGUGCUAUAUGCAAAUCACACACUUCAAUAAAUACCGAAAUUAUUAAAUUUCAUAUCACAUCAUGUACAUAUAGUACCUAUCGGCAUUUUGAUGAACGUUUAGGUGUCCCAACUUUAUGUGGUGUUCAAUAAAAAAUCCAAGCCUUAAAAUUGUCUUACGAGUUAGUUCCACUACAGAAUUUUGAUUAAAGUUCAGUUUUCUUGCCAAUUUAUAAUAUCUUCUGUAAAAAAAUUAUUUGAAAAUUGGAUAAUAAUUUGUUAAGUAGCGCUUGUAGUGCAACAUACUAAUAUUUUUAUGGAAUACGUAUAACACAAUGUACUGUAAGAGCAUGUAUGAUUUUUAUAUAUUUAC